AUGCAUCACUUAACGUUAGAGCUUGCAGACCAAUGGGCAUCGCAUCGUUUGCGCUGGUGGGCCGCUUUGCUCCCCAACGGACUGCCCCUGCAGGCUCUGAGAGGCUGGGCUGCCGUGAGCCCUUUACUCAAAGUUCAGGACGUCAUUCCCGUAUGGCCCACUUGGCCCACUCCUGUUGAGGCAGCACUGCUGUGGGAUGCAAAGGAGCAAGAAGCUUUUGCUAAUCUCAGUCAAGAAACCCGCGUUCUUGUUGCCAGUGACCAGGCUCUCAGCCUCAACAGCUUGACAAAGUGCGGGUCAAGUGGUGCAAGUGUUCCUUCUGGUGCUUUUGAAGGACUGCGUUUCUUGCAUCCCGCUGAAGCCGGCCUGCUCAACACCUUGUUGCCUUCCUUCAAUCACCACCCCGACCCUCGUGCUGCCUUGUGUCUUGUUGGACAGCUUGCCGCGCCACUGCAGGCGCUCUGGAUAUGGUCACAGGUGCUUUCUGCAGCAGGUCCUUGCUUUGGCCUGCCUCUGAUCUGCCCCGAAGCCGAGCUCCGCAGGUACAAGCAACUUCUCGUGCAGCAAAGGCAAGACACCUGGCUUCUGCCGUCGAUGUGUGCAGGAGGCCAGUUGUCCGUACAGGAUGUCCACGGCACCCGAAUUGAGACUGCUUCUGGGCCCCUCACUGCUGGCCAGCUUCUGUGUGCUGAGGCUGCUUUCCUGCCUCCCGGAUUUAAGUUGCAACUACUUGUCGGUGAUCGUGUUUUGCCACGCUUUGCCAAGCUCUCCUUCUUGCCUGAUGGCCCCACUUACCAGAUUCAGGUAAUGCGGAAGGCGGCUGCUUUGGAAUGCGCAGCAACCCCUCCCCCGAGUGGUGCCGACACGUCUUGUGGAGGCGCUCCUGCCUCGACUGCUCCUCAGCAAUCUGCCCCGGAACAUGAGCCGGACACCCGACCCGCCACGCACCAGACACCCCUGGAUGGACUUCACGAAGUUGGUGCUUCGGACUUUUUGAUUUGGUAUGGCAUCAGCCUGUGGAUUCAGAGUCCGCUGGCUUCCGCUGAGUUCCGAUUGGUGCCGCCGUGCGCAGCCACCUCACUUCUACAACUGUUGGGGGAAGACAUGCUCCUAGCCGCUGCCACCGUUCCGGUUUUACCGCAAGGGCCUCUGAUCUUAAUCCCAUUCGUUUCGCAGGGCCACUGGUCCCUCCUUACUUUGUGUGCUGACCCCGCUGGGGUCGUGGCUGUGCACUGGGAUGGUAUCCCUGGUCGUAACACCCAGCCGGCCAAACUGCUUGCUCAGGCUUUCUGCCAACUUGAGGGCGCUUGCUUGCUGUCUUUUGAAGACCAAGCACAUUGGCUACAGUCAGACUCCUCUUCUUGCGGGGUACUCCUUCUGGCUCAUGCUGCUGCAUUGGUGCUCAGUGCUGCACUUCCCACCCUGCUUGACUGGGCCCUUGAUUUUCAGCGCAAGUUCCCGCCACACUUGGCCUUUCUUCAGGGCCUUGGAGGUCUUUCCUCUGAACAGGAACGCGACUUGCAGGCACUACUGGUUGCAAAGGGGGUUCCCACUGACGUUGUUUCCACCCGGCUGCAAGCUGCUGUCGCCAAAAUCGGCCCUGGCCCCCUCGCUCUGGCACUCCAACAGCGCAAUCCCUGGCAGGCUCUGAAGACCUGCGCCUCCAAGCCCUCCUGCAUGUUCCGCUGGAUUCAGGCUGAUGAGCUUCAAAAUCACAUCGAGCUCCAAGCUCAGAAGAAAUUUGGGACUGGAGUUCCCAAGGCCAAAGAAAAGAAAGCCAGGCCUUCCAAGCGUCCCCUGCAGGCACCUCUGCAUGUUGAUCCGGCCCAGCUUCGCCUUGCACCAGGUACUUUUGUGUCUACGUCGGGCUCUCCUUUGGGUCAGCUUGCUUUCACUGAGGUACAGGCUCAGGCCACCGGUAUUUGCUUUUGCACCGCGACGCAAGCCGCACCAUUUGUGGCACAAGCACGCAACCUGAGUGUGGACCCUCUGGCUUUGAUCACGACGGCUGAAAUUCCCGCUGAGCAAGCAGGUACGGCCAGGCUCUCCAGCAUCCGCUAUCCUGCGGUUUUCACUCCUACUGAUGAAGCCGUUUUGGUUGCCGGAUCUUUGCUCCAAUUAGGGGAUGAUGACGUUCAGCUUGCCGCUGCCAACAUUGCCGAGCUUGACCGUAUCGACACCCUUGUGUGUCGCCUCAACCUCUACAAAGAAGAGUGCACCAUGCCUUGGGACAAGGUUGCCGAGGUAAGGGUGUCAGCUCAUUUUCGUCUGCAUCCGCUCCCCCAUGGACUUCAACGUUCUUCCCUCGUCCAGCUCCUCAAGCAGUGGGGCUGGUCCGGUAAGCCUUUGCAGCCCGACCGUGGCGACUCAAAUGGGGCUGCAUGGCUCGUUGGUGCUGCUUGCGAUCCACCUGCACCUGCCCUGCCUCUUGGGACGGACUACGUACUGAUUUCCAAAGUCAGAGACAUAGGUGGCACCACUCGGCCGGCUCCUCUGCCCGUGUAUGCCUCCCUGCGCACCAAGAAGGCCCUACUCCUCGACGAUGACCCUGAUGAGGCUCCUGCUGAUCCCUGGGCCGGUGGAUCAGAUCCCUGGUCUCUGGCCCGGCCCCCUUCUGCUGCCGCCUCUGCGCCCGCAGCCCCUUCCACAGCUGCCGUUUCCAAGCUUGCGCAGAUCAAAGCUGACUUGAAGCAGGACCUGCAACAUCUCGUCAAUGAGCAGCUUGAGGCCAAGCAGGCAACAAAGCCACCACCUGGACUCAGUGAGCACGACCAUCGCCUCCAUCAGCUCGAGGUUGGACUAAAUGAAGUUCGGCAGCAGAAUUCCAAGUUCGAGGGUUGGUUCCAAAGCUUUGGGGCUAAAGUCAGUGACCAAGCCCAGCAAAUCGAGACCUUGACCGGUACGGUCAAAGAACAGCAUCAGGAACUUGCCAAGGUUCGCACCGAUGUCCAGGCCACUGUUCAAUCUGCAGUUCUCUCUUUACAGUCCGAUCUGUCAGCCCAGAUGACUACACAGCUCGCUGGCCAGCUUGAGCAAAUCCAAUCCUUGUUUGCUGACAAGAAGCUCCGCGCCAGCUGA